UGAAAGCAGAGCCGUCAGAGCACCAGGCGUCGAGGCGAUUUUCUCCUCUGCUUCGGCUCUGGCUUCGCUUCCAGGCGUUUCUCGUCUCCCAAAGUAUAGCCAAGCGUCGCAGAACUCCGCACGACGCUCGGUUAACUCCCGGGCGGGCAACGCAACCAUGAGCGCCGAUUGCAGCAGCUACGUGAACGCCGACAAAGCGCUGGUGGGCUCCUUCAGCUGUCCGCAGGGGGACGGCGAGGCUGACGCGAUCUAUUGCUGCGGCUUCCAGGAUAUCAAGUAUUGUUGCGAUGACCCUAACAGCUUUUUCCCUUACGAGCACAACUACAUGUGGUGGCUCAGUAUUGGAGCACUUAUUGGCUUGUCAGUUGCAGCAAUGGUCUUGCUGGCUUUUCUCAUCACUGUGUGUGUCCUCUGUUACUUGUUUAUCAGCAAGAAGCCACGCAACAAAUUGGAUACAGGCUUAACCUUGAGCUUAGAAGCAGCAGGCACAGAAAUUAGAAGAAAUUCUUCAGGUUGAAGGAAGAUAUAUGGAACAGGUUCAACUGAGUUCUGCAAGCAGUUAGCAAAGAAGUGCAUUUGUCCAAAGGCACCAGCAAAGUAUUCCAGAAAUGAAGGCGUUCUCUAACUUCAGAUAGACUGUUAGAAUUCAAUGCAAAAAGAGUGCCAGCAUAUGUACACCCGUGUCUAUAUGUUUGUGUACUCUCUUCUUGUUUUCUUGCCAUGCUAAUUGUUAUUUCUGCUCAGAGCCGACCUAAAUGUAUGCCCAGAAAUAUAACAUACUUAUCACUAUUAAUUUAGAAUUUUAGACCCUAAUCCUGUAAUCCUGAAAAGGCCUAUAUAUUUUCUUACACAGGCAAAGCUAAAAUCUUAACCAUUUUUAAUAUUCCGGCAGUGGCUUUAAAUAAGCGGCAAAAAGAAUACUAAACAAAAUUAUACAUGUCAUUACUUCUGGAUCAAAAUGUGAUGGUGGUUCUUGGAUUUGUAUAUUCUGUUGUAAAAAGUUUCAGAUUUGUUCUCUCACAGUUCCAAUUCUUUGUAAUAAUUCUUUCUAAUAAGCAAGCCUAGGUAAAACUAAAUGGGGUCCAUUAAGGUAGGCAAUUUGUGAAGAUCCCUGCUAAUAAUGCUUCAGUGAUAAAUUAUAUUAUUAGACCAUCAAAUUAGGAUGUUAAUCAGAUCUGACUUAUCUACAUAUUUUUUUUUAAAAAAACCACAUUUGCAUUUACUCAUUUGGCAAAGUUAAAUGUAACAUGAAUGUUACAUUUGGAUGUUAUACAGUAUUCAGAUACUACCACCACUCCAAAAUUUUUUGUACAUAUCACAAUAAUUAAGAAAAUAAUCUUAUCUCUUUUGUGAUAUUAAUUAAAUAAAAACAAAGAGGGCUAAAAUACUUUUUAUCAAUAAACUGCUUAUCAAUAAUGAGGAGUCUGAUAGCAUCUUGUCAGACUAACAAAUUUUAUUAAAACACACAAGCACAACUUCUAAUUUUUGGCUUUUGUAGACAUGGUACUUGACUGCAAUGUCUCUUGUUAGCAAAGUAAUUAACAGAAGAUAGAAUAAAAUACAAUACAACUAUACAUAUAAACCAGCCCUUGAGAAGGAAAAGGAAAAGGAAAAGGAAAUCAAGAUGCAUAAAAAAAUGCUUUCUCUCAGCAUUAGAUCUGUGAUGGCUCCAAAUUUAUAAUGUUCAGAUUUUUCUCUGAGAACUGUGGCAAACAAGCCCAUACUUAUUAUUUCAUAUGAGAAAGUUGCCAAAGCAGGAAUUAUUCAAAAACAGGGAUUCUCUUGGGCUCUCCAUGCAUUUUAUAUCCUGCAGAAUCUUCUAUUUGUGUCCUGCUUGAUGGAUCUGCAUAGACAUUGUGGAGAUUGUUGUAUAUUUCCAAAGCCUUUUCUCCUAUGCAGUAGAUCAUCCCAGCACUUUUAUCAUCCUUUGAUUUCCUCAGUCAUUCAUGAAUUGUAGAUAUAGUUGCUGUUUCUUUUUCCUCAUUUUUCUCCUACCUUUCCUGCCAGAUUUAACUAGAGGGUGGUUUAAUAGGCUCCAUUUUUUUUCUUGCAACUAUUGGCUAAAGAACUGAAAACAAUUUUUCAAGUAGGCUUAAGAAGAAAUGUUCUGGAGUUGUUGUUUUUUUUGACCUAUUGUAAUAUUUCUUGGGCAUGAGAAAUAUCGGGGAGAAUUUGAUUGCUGUGCUUUCAGAUUUUCCAGCCAAGACACUGCAGGCUUCAACAGCUUCAUAACAAGUUCCUUUAUUAUUCAUUACAGUGCAAUAGAUGGAGAGCAUCCAGCCUCUAAGAACUUUCAGGCAAUACUGCCUUGUUCCCAAGCACCUCAAAAUGAAAUAGCGAAAGGCUUCACACAGACUCUGGAAAGGAAAAUAUGCAGGCUUUCUAAUCUGUCUGCACACACAUACAAAAGGUUAUGCCUACUUUUAUUGCCCUGCACCUUGUUAACAAUUUAAACAUUUGACUUAAGCAUUAUUUACUAUGUUUCAGACAUUUAAUAUAUGUGACAUUAAAGAUUCCACAAUAGGAGACUCCUGACCCAAUCCGAUAAUAGGCUCAUGGGCAGUGGUAGGUUGCCCCUGGUUCGGACCGGUUUGCAAGAACGGGUAGUAAAACCAGCGGGAGCCUCCACCCACUGAUCUGGACGUCAUCAGAAAGCUUCUGCACAGAAGCACGCGCACACGUGCGGCCUAGGUGCGAACCAGUAGUAAAGGUAAGUAGAACCCACCCCUGUUCAUGGGUCAUUUAGAGAAUAUGGUUUUCCAUUCCUUCUUGACAUCCUAUUCAUGUUCUCUCCAUACCUGUUAAAAGAUGUUUUAUAAAUAUGUGCUCAUUUGUGGCGGUUCAAUUUCAUUCCGGAAUAUAUUGUUUAAAACACCAAAAUAAAUUACAAUUAAGUUACAGAAUUGAAGAGACUAAAUUUGUUGCACAGCUCUUUACAGAAAUUCAAUUGGCAGUAAUGCACAUUUUAGUGGAAAUUGUUUAGUACAAUUAUCAGCUAAUUUACCAGUUUACUGAUGUUUUUACUGAAAUUGCCAGAUGUGUUUCAAACAGAACAUUAACAGAUUUUCACUGGAUUGUAAUUAAAUCCAAUACAGGAAAGAUUAUUAUGCAGCAUUUCCAUCCUGACCAAUUUUAAAAUGUAGACUUAGAUUUCAACGGACAACCUUAUUCAAAAUAACAGACAACCUUAUUCAAAAUAUACAGAUAAAAUUACAAACUAAAAAGAAGCAAAUCCAAAAACCAGUUGCCUUACUGUUCAAAAUAAUUUUGUAUUUAAAAAGUAACCUGACACAGAAUUUAAUUCUAUCUGGAAAUCAUUUUGGGGUUAUAUCAUUAUAUGCAGACUUGCAUAAUAUCUGAAAUUUGUGUUCUUACUAACUUGAUGCCUUUAAUUGUUCAGAUAGAAAUUAAUGUAAUAUUUUAUCUCAUUUUAUGAUUUACACUAUGCUACUAUUGCUGUUGAUAUUCAUGUAUUAUUUGGAUUUUAACAGUGAUUUUGUAGUUUUUAAACCAAUAUUGUACACAGUCAGUAACAAAAAGCUA